CUCGGCAUCGUCGCCGCCCAUGUCGUCGUCGGCCAUGGAGGCCAUGGACAAGCUCGUCCAGCUCGCCGAGUCCAUGUGCCAGGCCGCCUCCCUCCUCCUGGGUGACAACGACCCCUCCGACGAGUCCAGCCCGCGCCGCCCCUCCACCUUCCUCAACGCCGUCGCGCUUGGCAACGUCGUAAGUCAAGUCGGUGGUGCCAGCAAGUUGGCGGUGCCCCGGCGGCCGUGGCGCGCGUCCUCCUCGCCAUCAACGUCGUCUCCUCGCUCACAGCGGCGAUCGCGUCUAUGCAGGGUGCCAGCAAGUCGGCGGUGCCCCGGCGGCCGCACGCGCAUCCUCCUCGCCGUCGACAUCGUCUCCUCGCUCACAGUGGUGGUCGCGUCCGCCGUCCGCGUCGCCUCAUGCUCCCACCGCGUUGGACGCCAUCGACGAAGCCGUCGGCAAGCUCAAAUCCGUCCUCGACAACGGCGAAGGCGACCUCGACGAGGCAGCGCUGCGGGCGGAGGAGCUGAUGGCGCCGCUGGAGAGCCACUGCGGUGGGUGGUGGCGGCGGCUUCAGUGAGAUUCCGUCCGGAGGUCAUGGAUGCGGCGCCACCCCGGCUCCCACCGCCGCGUCGCCUCGUGCUCCCGUCACCACGUCGCCGGCCGCCCCGGCGUCCUCCUCCCCACCCGCCCCGGUAGUUGCCCGAGAGGAGAAGUGAGAGAAGAGGGGAAGCCGCGUUGCCGGUCGCUGUCGCCUGUCGGAGAGAACGGAGAGAGAGAUGAGGAUGGGAAAGAACAGAGAAGAGAGGAUGUAACACCCUGAAAAUUCGACGACAAAAAUCUAAACUCUAAAAAUGCGGAUUUUUAAAAACUUUUUAAAUAAAUUGCAUCAUGCCGAUUUUAUUCGAUUAUUUUAUUGGAGUUUGGGUUCUGAGUUUAUAAAUCGCGAAUAAUAGAUAAUUGGUUAGGAAUAAACCCUAAAAAGUAAAUGGAAAAAGUAAAUAAUUAAAGUGCAACUUAAAAUAAGAUUUGGUGAGGAUAGAAAUGAGUAAAAUAUUAUUACGACCAUAUUUAUAUC